GUCAAAAUCGUGUAUUAAUAUUUAUUUGGCAAGAAAUGUUAUCGAAGACCCUUUGAUGGAAUCUAUUGAUCAUGUACAAGAGUCAUCAAUACAAGAAGAGGAAAGGGACCCUACUCGUACCGCGUUGGAAGUACAGCUCCAGAACCAUGAGGGAGAAGAUGAAAAUUCACCAGAAGACUCUAGUGAGGAAGAAAAACCUCUUUCAGCUGCCGCAAGAAGAGUUAGGUUUUAUAAAACUGCGAAACAACAACAGAAUGAAAGGCAAACUUUGGCUAGAGCAAUGUCGGCGCCUUCGUCGAGGCAACAAAGCGUGAACCCUACACAAGGACUUUAUUCAGGAAGUUCACGGAGAAAAUCUCAAGAUGUACAUAGAUUCCCAACCAGGAAGCUGAAAUCUUGUAGGAGUAAAGCUUUCCAUAAAAGCAUUGAUGUUGAUAGCCGUCUACCGAUUGCUCAAAAGUUUGGCAAAAAGAAUCAAAAUGUUGAAGUAGUAACGAUGAUGUCACUUUUAAGUCCAGUUGGCAGUGAUGUAGAGGAAUCGCCAACACCCGAUGACGUGUCCACAAAAACGGUUACAUUUCCUCAAUUUAAUAACAGUAUGCGUUAUCAUCAAAAAUCAUUUGAUAGUGCAAUGACAUCGAUUGGAAAACCAAAACUUCUCAAUAACCGUGUUGGAAAAUCAUUGAUUAAAUCAAGAACAGUAGAUAUGACAAGGGAUGAUGAUGAAGACGAUGGGACGGUCGUAAAAGAAGUCGUAAUUUCUAAUCGUGACAGCGACGACGAUGAAGAAAUGCUGCGAGACAAGGAGAUCACACAGAUCGACGUCCGUUGCGAUGUACUCGACGGCCAACCGAUGCUGAAGUCCGACAAAGAGAAAGAAUGCUGGGCUCUUUUCAAAAAAAUGACGGCUAAAGGAGUGUCCGUCACUUUUGAUACCGUAUUGAGGUUCGGUUUGUGCCGAAUAUUAUUCGAAAAGGAAUGUUAACACCGACUGAAUAUAGACUGAGAAAAAAUGAACUCCUGUUAUUCGGAUAGACGUACGCAGUUCGCAUACAUUUUAAGUAUCACCUACCUUCCUAUAUAAAUAUUGUAUUUAUAUCGUUACAUGCCUUCGCAGUCAUGUAGCCGAGUACGAAGUUCCUAUUUACAUAUUAUAUAAUAUUAGCUUCGACAUACCGACUUGUGUCGUCGUCGUAUAGGCUUAUUUUUACUGUAACACAAUAUACGCGGUAAAUAACAAUAUAUUUAUGUAUUAUAGCUAGGUUUAGGGCCUGCUCUGUACGGGGUAAAUAGAAAACAUCGAAGAACGUCGCCGUGAAUAUAGUAUAAUUAUAUUAUGGCUGUUGCAUUCGAGUUGUUAUGUAUUAAAAUAUUAUUGUUAAAUCGUCCGAUGUUAUCGUAGGCCCUCCGCCGAUCAACAUGAUAAUAUUCCUAAGCAACAAACACCACCGCGGAGGCACUUAAUUCAAUUUCAAUACAUCACACCUACGCGUAUCUGUUA